AUUUUCUCACAUAAUCUAACUUCUUCCCUGACUACUUAAAAGAGUGCCUAUAUUAUGAAAUUAAAAGUUCGGCGAAUAUCCGACAAGACAUUCAACGUCGGCCGUGGGGCACAAACCCCUGACCACUGGGAGUAUAGUUUCUCCUAUUUCAACUUCCUUUCGACACUGUCCAGAUUUAGUGGUACUUAGUACAAAUUAAACCCAGGAAUAAAGAGGAAUUGUCUAUAUCGUGAGAAGUAUAGACAUAUUUAUUCUCAUCAAAUUGGUGGUUUUAAAUUCAUCUUUAUCAUAAUGGUUGGAAUUGGUGCUACGAAGCGGGAACCUACAGUUGUGAUCAAGUUCUUCAGUGCUGGAACAGCCGCUUGUAUUGCUGAUAGUAUUACCUUUCCUCUGGAUGUUGCAAAAGUACGCUUACAAAUACAAGGAGAAGGAAAUGCCCCUGUCAAAAUCACUGGGAAUUCGUUCCUAAAAACCACCGUUACUCCAAAGUACCGAGGUAUGCUAGGUACUCUGACAACAAUUGCCCGACAGGAAGGACCUAAGAGUCUGUACAAUGGAUUGUGUGCCGGCCUUCAACGACAGAUGGCGUUCGCAUCUGUGCGGAUUGGACUGUACGAUUCGAUUAGAUCCUUCUACCAGAACUUAUUGAGUGGGCCCAAUUCCCAAGCUGGAGUGGGAAUCCGUAUUAUGGCUGGAAUCACUUCUGGCGGUAUGGCUGUGAUCUGCGCUCAACCCACGGAUGUUGUAAAGGUUCGUAUGCAAGCACAAGUGUCCGGCCAACCCAAACGUUACACUGGCGCCUUACAAGCUUAUCGUAUGAUUGGUAGAGAGGAAGGCAUGAAAGGGUUAUGGAAAGGUACUCUACCAAACGUGACACGUAACGCCGUGGUAAACGCUUCUGAACUCGUGGCUUACGACGCUAUUAAAGAACUGAUUAUAAAUCGCCGCUUGAUGACAGACAACGCUCCUUGUCACUUUGUGUCAGCUUUUGGAGCAGGCUUCUGUGCUACUGUGAUCGCCUCCCCUGUUGACGUGGUAAAGACCCGCUUCAUGAAUUCCUGGCAGGGUCAGUAUAGUGGAGCACUAGACUGUGCAGUGAAAAUGCUCAGAGAAGGCGGAUUUUUAUCUUUUUAUAAAGGGUUUUUUCCUUCGUUUAUUCGGCUUGGUUCCUGGAACAUCUGUAUGUUUGUUACUUUCGAGCAGCUGAAACGUCUAUGUUGUUUGAUGGGUGACAAAGAACUCUUCUCCCACACAUCAAUUCCUGCUCCAGGAUAUGCCCCUGUUCUUCACUUCUUAGUGGAGCCGCCGUCAUCUACAGCUAAAGUAGAUGGGUUUUAUAAGAAGAGAAUUAACCAGUGGGAUAUCUAGAAGGCGAAGCGUAAGAGAAAUAUUUUGGGAGCUUCGAAAAAAACACGAGCGAAUGCCAUGUGACAUAACUUCACUUGUCGUUUCUGUACAUGUGGUAUACUGUCGACGAAUAUGUAGGUCAAUUUUAUCGAACCAUGCAACACAUGUUCCACCCUAUCACCAUAAGUAUAAAGCAUAUUAAAAUACCUCGGAGAUCAAAUGGUGAGACAAGUAUACAACUAGUGCGUGAAGCAUGUGUAACCCGAAUUUUUCGGUAACUUAAUUUCUAGUUCAGUAUGAACAAAUUAUUCUUGUGUUAUGCUAUAACAAGUGAGACACUACUAUACUUCCAAGAUGUCAGGGACUUGAAGUUAAUCAUCGAAUAAUCGCUGCAUUAUGAACAAUUUAACCGAGCUGAUGAAUAUUUAAUGCUUUAAAUAUUUUAUCAUAUACUCGCAUGUUUAUUUUAAUGCAAUUUGCUCAUUAUGCUUAAAUUUUAACGUUUCAUUUUAACAUUGUGAAGUACCAGUAGCAGCUUUGGGGUGCUAUCGUGAAAUUUCAGAUACAAUUUAAUGUAGUAUUUAAAUUAUACAAACGAGUUAUUUAUCUAAUGUUCCAGCGAUUCGAACAGUACUCUAAUGUGAUUAAACAUUUAAAAGGAUUCAAAGAAAUAAAUGGAAUUACUUUACUAGACUUGAACCACAGUCAUAUUUUUUCCGUAACUUAAGCUACAAUAAUUUUUAUAUAGAUUUUCGUUUGAUUUUAAAGUUAAUUCAAAAAUUGAUCAUUACUGACGGUUCCGAACGAAACCUUUUGCAGGAAGAGUAAAAGGUUUAUUAUUUGUAGCUUAUCAACAGGACACCACAACGACUAAUGAUAUAAUCUUUCAUCAUUGUCUCGAUGCACAGGAUUGGUCAGAAGAUUAUUUCCACUUCUAAUUUUAGUCAGACAGAGUCUUCGAUGCAAUGUUUUAAAUAUUAAGUGAGAAGAUGUAUUCGUAUUUUAUGGUUACUACCACUAAACGUAACUUUCUUUUAAAUUGAAAGUUUGGAGAUGUUACAUCAUUAAUAGGGGAAAUGAAAGUACACUGUUAUAGAAAAAUUGGUCAUGACUUUAGAUAAUGAUAUUGUCGGCUUAGAGUAAAGUAACAUUCGUCAUAACAAGAAUAGCGUAAUCAAAGAUGUUAUAAUUCAGUAUAACUUUGACUUUAAUUGUUCGAAUUUCGAGAAACACUAGGGUUAUACAUUAUACGUUAACAAUACUUACCAGUUAGAAAUGCAGUGGAAGUAUCAUCACCACAGAAUUUUAUGGUAUUGGAAUUAUAUGUAUUAUUAUUCUAAAUUCAGUUUGUUUAUUUUAAUUAUUGGAAAACUGAACGAUUUGGAAGUUUGAAGUAAUGUUUUUUUUUAUUAAAAGCAGUUGCUGAA